CGACCAGUUACCUAAAAUCUCCCCUCCUCCUUCCUUCAGUAAUUUCGAACGUGAACCCCUCUCUCCUCUACUUCGGUUUUCAUACUUUCUCUGUAUAACUCCAUGGUCCUCCCAUGAGUAAAAUUUUCUCCUCGUCAUUUUUCGUUUGUCUUCAUUAUUGUGAAGAUUUGACGCAUAAUUAAAGGUGUUGUUGGGUGAAAUUACGACCUUCAAUUAUUAUUGAACGAAUCUGCUGGGUGAACGAAUCUCAAUGAUGGAGGCGGGAAAAUUAAUCACUUUGAAAAUUUGGCAUUCGGGUUCUUUUAAGAAGAAGGGUUCUGUGUUGGAAUUUGUAGGAGGGGGGUAUAAGACAUUUGAAGUUGAUACUGAUGAAAUGUGUUGGUGGUAUUUGGUGGAGUUAGUGGAAAAGUGUGGUAAGGUUUUGAAGGAGGUCGAUCAUGUAUAUUACAUGGAACCUCGUACCACGAGCUAUGAAAAGGGACUGAAGAGGGUGUUCACAGACGCUGAUUGUAGGGUAUUGAUGGAGUAUGCAAAGGAAAUGAGGUGUGUAGAUUGUUAUGUGGUGCCUAGUGUUGAAGUACCUAGAUUUUUACAGUUACUUGUAGUUGGGAUUCACCCAACUCCCUCUCCUGAAGUAGUAAAGAAAUUAACUCCUAAAAGAGCCCCACAAAAUAAUACCAAUAUGAAAGCCCCUCCCUCAAAAAGUGCUCAACUUUCACAAAGUAAUCUGGAUGAGUUGAAUGUGGUUGUUGCACAACAAGAAAAAGAAACAUAUCCAGCUUAUGAACUUGACAAUGAAUAUGAUGCUGAUGAGGAGUAUGAGGUAGAUGACUGCACAUAUGAUGAUAUUGGCGAUGAGUGGAAAGAUGAGUUAGAAGGAAGUUGUGAUGCAUUGGCUGCUCAAGAAAUUGAAGAGGCUUUGGUUGAAGAUGUAAUACAUUCAGAUGGGGACACGGAAGAUGAUGAGUAUAAGGAAUCACGGAAGAAUCUUCGAUCUUGGAAUGCUGAUAUUUUGAAGAUAGCUAGGCAACUUCAGAAUGAUGUUGAAGAUGGGAAGCUUUUAGGUCAGGUUGCAUCUCCACAAGCACAAGCACAAGCACAACCACAACCACAACAAGGUACAACUCACCAAUCUGAUGAUUUAUGUAGUGAGUACGAGGAAAGUGAGGAUGAAAUUCAUACACCGGGCGAGAGUGAGGAUGAUGAUUUCUCUGGUAAAAGGAGGAGAUCUAAGACAGUCGUAGUUAAUGCUAGCACUGAUUUCACUGAGUUGAGGUGGACUGUUGGUAUUAGAUUUCCUAAUAGAGUUGAAUUUAGGGAUUGUGUAGCUAGAUAUGCUAUAGCACAAGGUAGGAAUCUGACGUUUUCUGUUAGUGAUAAAAAUAGACAACAACGGUUAGGUGUGAGGUGCAUCCCUGGUUGUCCAUUUAGAAUGUAUGCAAGUUGGGAAAGUUCAAGGGCAUGUUUUGUGGUGAAAUCUGUUGAUCACCAACACACUUGCACUAGAAACAUGAAGGCAAAUCGACAGUUGAAGACUACUUGGCUAGCUAAACAAUUUCUGGAAAUCUUCAAAUCUCGACCUCAUUGGCCUGCCGCUGAGAUUUGUGAAACAGUGCGGAGAGCAUACAAAGUGCUUGUGAGCAGAUGGUUUGCUUACAGGGUUAAGUACCAUGCUCAUAGAAUGCUUCAUGGCUCAAUGAAGGAGCAUUACACCAAGGUGGGGAGGUACUUAGAAGCUCUUAAACAGUUGAAUCCUAAUACUUACUUUAAACUUGAAACCGAUCCUAAAACAAACUCCCCUACAUUCCAGAGGUUGUUCUGUUGUUUUGAUGGUGUGAAACAAGGGUGGGUUGGUUGUAGGAAGGUUUUAUGUGUGGAUGGUUGCUUUUUGAAAACAUUUCUGGGUGGAAUGCUUCUGUCUGCAGUUGGUCGGGAUGCGAAUGAGCAAAUGUACCCAUUGGCUUGGGCUGUUGUAGAAGGUGAAAAUAAUGACUCUUGGCAAUGGUUUGUUAGUCAUUUGAAGAUAGCAUUAGGAGAAAAUGAUGGGGCAGGAUGGACAAUCAUCUCAGAUGAACAUCAGGGGAUUCUGAAUGCAGUUGCACAAGAGUUGCCCGAAGCAGAGCAUCGACAUUGUGCGAGACAUAUCUUUGCAAAUUGGCAUAAGAACUUCAAGGGAGAUGAAAUGAAGCUAUUGUUCUGGAAAUGUGCAAAGGCAUACAAUGAAGCUGACUACGAUGAUGCAAUUGAAGAAAUGGAGCAAGUUGAUCCGGGGGCAGUUGUGUCGUUCAAAUCGUACCAACCCAAACUGUUCUGCAGGGCCUUUGUCAAGCCUGACACCAAAUGUGAUGUUAUCCUUAGUAACAUGGCUGAAACUUGGAAUGGAUACAUCAUUAAGGCUAGAAACAAGCAUCUGAUAUACAUGCUUGAAGACAUUAGAUCAGCUGUAAUGCAACGGAUGGUUUUGAAGAGGGAAGAAGGUGAAAAGAGGACAUCAGCCAUCUGUCCAAGGGUUCAACAGAAAUUGGAGAAGGAAAAAGAACAUGCAGCAAAUUGUAUGGUUCUUCCCUCGGGCCCGAAUUUAUUCCAAGUGAGCUACUACAUGGAUACAUUGUCUGUUGACUUGGAUGCCAAAAGUUGUACCUGUAAGAAGUGGGAUUUGAGUGGUAUACCAUGUCGUCAUGCGGUGGCCGCCAUAUUUUAUUUGCAUAAUAACGCGGAAGACUAUGUUCAUGGUUGGUAUAAGAGGAACACAUUUCUGAACAUAUAUAGUGGAACAAUUAGUCCAUGUACCGGAGAAAGGCAUUGGCCAAAGGUUGAGUUGCCUCUUGAUCCACCACCGAUCAAAAUUGGUCCUGGGAGACCGAGGAUCAAUAGAAGAAGGGGGCCUCAUGAAGAUCCUAAAAAAUCAGGAAAGUUAACAAAGCAUGGAGUGCAAAUGAGUUGUAGUGUUUGCAGGUCCGUGAACCACAACAAGAGGAGGUGUCCUGAAAAGGAUAAGGUUGUUGAACCCUCUGCAAAAAGACCAAGAGGCAGACCGAGGAAAAAUGGAGAUGCAAGCAACAAUGCAACAACAACAGUACCUACAACUACAACAACAUCAGUAACAAAUGCAGCAACAGCAAUAUCAACUACAACAGCAACAACCUGUAGCAGAGCAACUGCAACAAAUAUUGCUCAUCAUGACGCGACAGCAGAACCGACAAGAACAGGUAGAGGGGGGAGAGUGAUUAGAGGUGGAAGAGGAAGUAGAGGAGGAGGAAGAGACAAUAGAGGAGGAAGAGGCAGUAGAGGAGGGAGAGGAGGGAGAGGGAGUAGAGGAGGAAACUCGGGGAGAGGAAGAGCCAUCGGUGUUGGAGUCAUAGUUGACACUGAUGGAAAUUCUUUCGUUGGAAGCUGCUCCCAAACUUCUUUUGUUGCAACAACACCACCACCGUGAACUUUGCCUCAUAUUCACUUAAUCUAUUUUUAUAUUGACUUUUCUAAGUUAGUCAUAUCUUUAGUCUAGUCGUAUAUUUUGUAAGUCGUACCUUGACUUAAGUUAACUUUGAGGAUGAUAUUUUGGUAACACUUUCAUGAUGGUAGUUUGGAUAAACUUUGAUGAUUGUAAAAGUUCCUAAAAGUUAAUCAUGGUAACCUUUUGUCGUAUA